AAACGGAAAAAUGAGCAUUGGAUAGCAACUAGCAUCUUUUGUUGAGAAGCUGUGCAGAAAUCACUUGUGUUUCUUUUUGUAUUAGGAGGAUAUUUCUUGCGUGACCGAACAUUAAUGUCAUUUAGUGGAACACAAAACAGCGGGCGCCGCAGCAAAUGGGACCAGGCCGGCUCUGGGUCUGGCCCCAGGCCUGGCUCCGGGGAGAUGAGGGGGGCCGAGGCUGCCCCCACUGGAGCUCUGGAUGCUGCAGCAGCAGUGGCGGCAAAAAUUAACGCUAUGCUGGUCGCCAAAGGCAAACUCAUGCCCUCGCAAAUAAGCACCCCGGGACCCAUUGAGAAGGUUAUUGGUGUUGGAAAGACUCCAAUGCCGGCAAAAGCCAAAGACGACCUGGUGGUGGCUGAAGUUGAGAUUAAUGAAGUUCCCAUAAACUGUCGAAACCUCCUGACACGCGGUCAGACACAAGAUGAGAUCAGUAAAGUGAGCGGAGCUGCAGUUUCCACCAGGGGGCGUUUCAUGACUGCAGAAGAGAAGAUCUCGUCUUUGCCAGGGGACCGACCGCUCUAUUUACACGUUCAGGGCCAGACGAGAGAGAUCGUCGACAGAGCAGUUAACAAGAUCAAAGAGAUCAUUACUAAUGGUGUAGUGAAGGCUGCAACUGCUUCAUCCUCCUCUUCAGCCUUCUCUCCCAGCGGGACCGCGGUCACCGUCUACCAGCAACACAGCCAGCCUCCACCGCCACCGCCCUCCGUCAGCAACCACAAACCUCACUUUCAGUCAGGGAUGCAUUACGUUCAGAAUAAGAUCUUUGUGGGCAUGGAGCACGCCGUCCCAGGGUUUGUGGUGAAAGAACGCAUCGAGGGCCCCGGAGGCUCAUACCUGCAGCACAUUCAGGUUGAAACGGGGGCCAAAGUCUUCCUCAGAGGGAAAGGGUCGGGCUGCUUAGAGCCUGCCUCUGGGCGAGAGGCGUUUGAGCCCAUGCAUAUUUACAUAAGUCAUGCUAAACCAGAGGGACUCGCAGCAGCUAAAACCUUGUGUGAGAAUCUGCUGCAGACAGUUCAUUCUGAAUAUUCUCGCUACCUUAGUCAAAUGAACACAGUGAUGCCAACACAACAAGGCUUCACCCAGACUCCAGUGAUGAACGAGGUGUCCCCUCAGCCUCCCUACUACCCUCCAGCUGGAUACCAGUCUUCCUACUCACAGGCUGUGCCACCAGUUACGCCUCUUCCUGUCCCACCACCUUUUCCGCUCCCACCACCUGCACCUAUGGCCGCACCUUCAGGCGUGCCCUCUCAGUACCCUUUACGCCCGGCCCCUGCACCUGUUCCUGCCCCCAUUUCUACCCCCGUUCCUGCUCCCACUGUGGCUCCUGCUCCAGACACACUACAGCAGCAGACUCUUCCUUCUGUACAUUUUCCUCCUCCUCCUGCCGCAGUGCCACCCAAAGCCCCGCCUCCCGCCGCUCCAUCCAAUCCCCCGCAGAAACGACGCUUCACCGAGGAGGUGCCAGACGAGCGGGACAGCGGCCUGUUUGGAUAUCAGGUGCAGGCUUCUCAGUGGGCAGCGCGGAUGCUGCAGGACCCCCACCAACGAGUUCCUCUGGCCCGGCCAGUGAGAGGAACAGGCAGCUGAUGCCACCGCCGCCGGCUCUGCCUGUUAACGGAGUCCGACUGAAGAUGGAGGAGAUGAGGACGCCGCACGGCCCCGUGGGUAAGGACGUAGACCUGUGCAAUGACAAGUCCACCUGGAAACCUAAGUGCAGUUCUCUUGAGCGCGACUAAAAUCUGGGAUUUGUGGGUCUCAAACACCCAGCUGAUGAAUUAGGAUAACAUAUUUAAUGCAGCCUGAGUCAGCGUGGCUCCCUCUUAUAAUCCUUGCAGGAUUCUGCUGGUGUGACGUCAUGUCUCCAGACUUAAAACUCUUUGUGUAGCACUGUCGUGUUCUGAUGACAUCAACAGUUUGGAUUGUUUUUCUCUCCUUGCUAAUGAGAAUAUCUCCUGUUUUUGUGUUUUCUCUCUUUUUUUCUGUGUUUUUCUUCUCUUUCAUGUAUCUCGGGGGUGAUGCUGGACGUUGAUUGGGGGCGGGGCAUGACUUGACUCGUGACACCGUCCUGCUGCUCGAUCGGGCGGCCCAAACUCGGUCGGCUGCCCCCCCUCCUGUACUCUGACAUGAAAUAAUCUAUUAACUAUUUGUUUCUCCCAAAAACUGAUGUUUGUAACAAUGAACUCGUCGCGUUUGAGACGUGUUUUGUUGUUUUUUUUUCUGUGUGUGUUUUUCCUUUUGUUCUUCUCUCAGAACCCGCAGCUAAAAGGCAGAAAACCGGUUUGGUGGCAUACGCAGGAGACUCCAGUGAUGAUGAGGAGGACAGCUCCUCCUCAAAAGCCUCCUGGCCAGGUAACCACAGGGCAGCUCCCCCCACCGCUGCCUCCCCAGGCUGGACUCAGGGCUAUCGCUCCACGCCUCCAUCGGCUCCUCGUGCCAAACCACAAUCACAGUCGAUGCCUUUCUGGAUGGCACCAUAAAGCUGGAAUAAUCUAACGUUCCUCAGUCUUACAGGACCUCCACCCGAACUGAGCCUGUCGGUUUCCACCGCAGCCGUCUGCUGGCUUCAGCAUCAUUUUAGUCCUUGGGUCCAAAUGGACAAACAGAUGUUUUCUGCAUCUUUAAUGUUGUUUAUUCCUCCCUCCAGUGAAACACGUGAUAGGUGGGAGUCAACAUCUGCACGACUGAUACUUGACCUGAAUUUGUGGAUGUGUAAAUAUUCAGAUGAAUAAAAAAAUCUGUCUUAACUUUGGUUUCAGAAUGAAUCAAACCCGCACCUCAAAGCGUUAGAAAAUGACGUUUUUGUAAAAGCAUUGAACAAAGUUCUGUUUUUGUUCAGGAGCGAUUUAUUCUUUCUAACAUCUUCAUUUUUUCUGUCUCGUUUCCACUUUUUUGUCAUUUUAUUUUUGGUACAGCUCUUAUUGGAGUUUACUGUAGUACAUAAACUGAAUGGACUGCUUUCUUUUAUGAAAUAAAUGUAAUUUAUUUGGGUGCUUGUUAAA